AUGCAAACGGACGGCCAGUGGCAAGGCGUCUUGUGGCCAGGGGCGUUGUUUGCCUCGUCUCUCCUCAAGUUCCCCCGUUUCAGUCUCCAAUCUCCACACGCGACUUCUACUGUGGCGUCUCCCUCGCACACCAUAACCACAGCGACCAUGUCUGGCGCGGGCCCCUCCCUACACCCAGGCGACUGGCCUGCACGAGCCAUUUUCCAAUUCCCCCCAGACCCUCUGCCGUUGCCGAUUCCGCCUCCAUGGCACGGCGAGCCGACGUUUGCGAACCCCUUCCCCAUCCCCAAAGACAUCUACCAGGGCGCGCUGUCCUACAAGGUCCCGUUGACCAUCGCCUCCGUCUACUUUGUCACCGUCACCUACGUCAAUUGGUACAAUCGCCAGCAUGGCAACAAGCCCUGGAGAAUCGCAAAGACACGUCCCUUUUUCGCCUUUGUCAUUUUCCACAACGUUUUCCUGGCCGUCUACUCUGCCAUUACCUGCGUGGCCAUGAUUCGAUGCCUCAAGCGCUCCUUUCCUCACUACAGCGAGCCCCACGCCGUUGUCGGCACCAUUGAUGCCCUGUGCAAGAUUCACGGCCCCCGCGGUCUGGGCGAUGCCGUCACCUACCACCCCGACAACAAUACUUGGUCGAGCUUGAAUGCCAAGGUCCUUGUGGGCAACAAUGGCUUGCCAGACCCCUCUGACGUGGGCCGAAUGUGGAACGAGGGUCUUGCGUUCUGGAGCUGGUGGUUCUACCUCUCCAAGUUCUACGAGGUUCUCGACACGGCCAUCAUCCUUGCCAAGGGCAAACGAAGCACGACCCUGCAGAAGUAUCAUCAUGCCGGCGCCAUGCUGUCCAUGUGGGCUGGGAUGCGCUUCAUGUCCCCACCCAUUUGGAUGUUCGCACUAGUCAACUCUGGGAUCCACGCUAUGAUGUACACUUACUACACCAUCUCCGCCCUUGGUUUCCGCGUACCGAAUGUCGUCAAACGCACCCUCACCUCGCUCCAGAUUACGCAGUUUUUGGUCGGUUCCGCCUUUGCUGCCAUCCAUCUAUUCAUCUCGUACACGGUGCCCGUCUCUGUCGCGUACAAGAUCACCGAAAAGGUUGCGACCCAGUCAACCUCAGCAGUCGCUACAACCGUCUCCUCGGCAGUCUCCUCGGCCACGGAGACUGUCGCCACGGCUCUUCCAACCGUCACUGGUGUAGCUGUAGCCUUUCUCAGGAAGCUCAUCUAUCGCGCUGCAGGUGACGAAGGCCUUGCGGAAAAUGUCGUGCUUCCCGGCCAGCCCGUUCCUGCCUACCAGUCUCAGCAUGUGGUCCCCGCCGCCCCUUCGGAGCCUGCCCAACUCAAUCCUGUGCAGAAGUUCUUCCACCAAAACGUGGAGCGAACCGUGUACCGUACCGAGUACCAGACCGUUCCUUGUGUUGACACUUCUGGCCAGGCUUUUGCCAUCUAUCUCAACUUGAUCUACCUCGCACCCCUUACCAUCCUGUUCAUGCGUUUCUUCUUCAAGUCUUAUCUUCGCCGCGCUCCCCCCACCAAGCAGGGUCAACCAAAAUCCCGCACCAUCUCUGAUGCCGCUGGUGAUGCAAAGCGCAGCGUGGAACGUGAAUUUGACGCUCUUGACAAGACUGCAGAAGAUGGAAUCUCGACUGCUGUGAGCAGGGCCAGGGACGCUGUUCGCGGCAGGAAGGGCAAUGCCAAUGGCCAUAUCAAGGAUGAAAGGCACGGUAGUUUGAGCCCAGCCAACAAGAAGUUUGUCGAUAACGUCAAAAAUAGGGUCAACCAGCAGCUCAAAGAGCUGGACGACAGCGCCGAGACCACGACGAAGAAGGCCAAGCAAUUGGCCAAUGACCUCGCCGGAAAGGCUCAGGAUGUCAAGGGCAAGGUCACAGACUCAUGGCAGGACGUGAAGAAGGAGGCAGGUCAGGCUGCGGAGAACGGCAGCCAGAGGGCCAAGCAGGAAGCCGACAAGGUUCAAGAGAACGCUGCUCAACAAACAAAUACCAACAGCCCUAGCAAGAAGUCUCCGAAGAAACUUAGGAAAGCGGAGAACAAGGCGAGGCGUGAGGCUGAGGCUUCGCAGAACCUUGAUGACGCGGCGGUAGAGAAGCCAGAGGCGGAAGCUGAGCCAAAGGACUUGAAGAACACCCUGGAGAAGGAUGAAGGCAAGAAUCUCAUCUAG